UCUUUACUGUUCUGCAAAAACAAAAGCAGAAGAAGAAAAAGAUAGACACAGAGUGAAAGAGGGUUCUCAGAAAGUUGAGAAAAUCGAGUUGGGUUUUGAGUGGGUGGAGAGAUGGGUAGAGGAAAGAUUGAGAUCAAGAGGAUUGAGAACUCAACUAACAGGCAAGUUACAUAUUCAAAGAGAAAGAAUGGAAUCAUGAAGAAAGCUAAGGAGCUCACUGUGCUUUGUGAUGCAAAAGUUUCUCUUAUCAUCUUCUCUAGUUCAGGGAAGAUGUCUGAGUACCGUAGCCCUUCUGCCACAAUGACUGAGAUCUUGGACAAAUACCAUAAGUAUUCAGGAAAGAGGUUGUGGGAUGCUAAACAUGAGUUUCUGAGCAACGAACUGGAUAGGAUAAAAAAAGAAAACGACAACAUGCAGAUUGAGCUCAGGCACUUGAAAGGUGAGGAUGUCAAUUCACUACAUCACAAGGAGCUGGCAACCAUAGAAGAAGCCCUAGACAAUGGUCUCACCAAAGUUCGUGCCAAAGAGAUGGAAGUCUUCAAAAUGCUCAAGAAGAAUGAAAGAAUGCUUGAGGAGGAGAAUAAGCGCCUUAAUUACAUCUUGCAUUUUGCAGCAUCAGCAACAAAUGGCAAUGGAUGGUUGUGUGAGGGAGAUGCAGAAUGAUUAUCAUCACAAAGAAAGAGACUAUCAUCAUUCACAGAUGCCUUUCACCUUUCGAGUGCAGCCAAUCCAACCCAAUUUACAAGAGGCCAAAUAGAUUAGCUGGCCAUGGUAAGGAACAAGCAUCUCUAGCUUACACUAGAAUAAUUUUAGUGGGUUUCAAUAAUAUUAUCUUUGUUAAAACAAAGAAGCUUAAGGAAAGCUUUAAUUGUAACAA